ACGUCGAAAAUGACAAUAUGUAUACGGCAAUACCAUAACCUCUGCUCGAUGUAAAGCCAAUGCGUAUAUAUAACUGUGAAAAUGAUGUUAAAAUUAAUGAAUCAAUCAACUAUGUUACUAAAUAGAACCUCGAUUCAGAUUUUAAAAAAAAACUUCCAAAACUAUAAACAGUAUUAUCCACAAGUCAGAUGCAUAAAUACCUCUGCAAAAUUUUAUCAAUCAAAUAAUAUAGGAUCUCUGCCUUCAAGAAAAAAGCCAGUAGCAAAAAGCCCUUUUUCAUGGAAAAAUACCAUUAUUACAACCAUAUUAGGAACAGGUCUUGUAAUGUAUCUAUAUUACCUACAAGAUAUGAAAGAUAAAGAAUUAGAUCGUCAAAGGAGACGUGAAUUAGGAAAGGCAGCUAUAGGUGGAACAUUUGAAUUAGUUGAUCCCGAAGGAAAAACGGUGAAAUCGCUAGAUUUCUUGGGAAAAUGGCUUUUAAUUUAUUUUGGUUUUACGCAUUGUCCUGAUGUAUGCCCGGAUGAAAUAGAAAAGAUGACAAAAAUUGUUGAUAUUUUGGAAAAAGAACAUAAUAUAAAAGUUCAACCAUUAUUCAUCUCUGUUGAUCCUGACAGAGAUACUCCAGAGAUUGUAGGAAAGUAUAUUAAAGAAUUUUCUGAUAAAAUUAUUGGACUUACUGGCACACAAGAGCAAGUUGCUAAAGUAACCAAAGCAUACAGAGUGUACUAUAGUAAUGGACCUAAAGAUCAGGAUUCAGAUUACAUUGUUGAUCAUACAAUAAUUAUAUAUUUGAUAGACCCAGAUGGUUUAUUCGUAGACUACUAUGGUCAAACUCAUUCGGCUGAACAGGUUUCACAAAGUGUUAUAAUAAAUAAAAUGAAGUAUGACAAGCUAAAAAGUGAUUCCUGGACUCCGUCGAUAUCACUUAAAAACCCACUACCAGCAUAAUUUGUGUUAUGUGCAUUUCUAUGUUAAUUAAUUUUUAAAAAUUUUCCAGUAGAGCAUUUGUAUUAUAUUAUAAAUUUAAGAAACAAAUAAAUUUUC